AUACUCCACAGAUAGUCACACCACAGUUACUUCACAAAUAGUCACACCACAGAUACUCCACACCAAAGUUACUCCACAGAUACUCCACACCACAGAUAGUCACACCACAGAUACUCCACAGAUACUCCACACCACAGAUAGUCACACCACAGAUACUCCACAGAUACUCCACACCACAGAUAGUCACACCACAGAUACUCCACAGAUACUCCACACCACAGAUAGUCACACCACAGAUACUCCACAGAUACUCCACACCACAGAUAGUCACACCACAGAUACUCCACAGAUACUCCACACCACAGAUAGUCACACCACAGAUACUCCACAGAUACUCCACACCACAGAUAGUCACACCACAGAUACUCCACAGAUACUCCACACCACAGAUAGUCACACCACAGAUACUCCACAGAUAGUCACACAACAAACACCUCAGACAUGGUCAAAAGUAAUGCACUCUGGGAUUCAACUUGAGAAUACCCAGAACACGGGUUCGACUCCUCCUUAUGACUUUCCUUCUCCUACUGACUGUCUCAUUUGA